AUGUUAUUGUCACAAUUAACGGUUGUUGCUUUGUCCGUUGCCUCCACGGCAUACGGUGCUGCCAUCAAGGAACUUUACAAGAGAAGCGACACAUGUUUACCAAACCCAGCUGAGUUGAGCACUACUCUCGUUACCGUCACUGCUGAAAGUACCGACAUUGUCACCAUUACUUCUUGUAAAGACAAUGCUUGCCACACAACUACUGCACCAACUGGUGUCACUACUGUUACCAUCACCGACUCCGAAGUCGAAACCGUCGUUACUACUUACUGCCCCUUGACUACCACUCACACAUUAGGUGUUGAGACUACAAAGAGCAAAACGUACGACUUGGGAUGCCCUACUGGUGAAUACGGUUACAACGGUUACAAAGGUAUCAACAUUGGCUUGGGAGUUGGUCUCGGUUUGGGAAUCAACUUGAACAAGAACUUGGGUCUUGGUAUCCAAAAGAGUCUUGGCCUUGGUGUUGGAGCUAACGUCGGCGCCAACGUCGGAAUCGAAAAGAGCAUUGGUGUCGACAAGAGCGCCGGUGCAGGUAUCCAAAAGAACAUUGGUGUUGGCGUUGGAGCUAAUGUUGGCGCUAACGUCGGACUUGACAAGAGCAUUGGUGUCGACAAGAGCGCCAGUGCAGGUAUCCAAAAGAACAUUGGUGUUGGCGUUGGAGCUAAUGUUGGCGCUAAUGUCGGAGCCAACGUCGGACUUGACAAGAGCAUUGGUGUCGACAAGAGCGCCAGUGCAGGUAUCCAAAAGAACAUUGGUGUUGGCGUUGGAGCUAACGUCGGCGCUAAUGUCGGAGUCGAAAAGAGCAUUGGUGUCGACAAGAGCGCCAGUGCAGGUAUCCAAAAGAACAUUGGUGUUGGCGUUGGAGCUAAUGUUGGCGCUAACGUCGGUGCUAACGUCGGACUUGACAAGAGCAUUGGAGUUGACAAGAGUGCCGGUGCAAGUAUCCAAAAGAGCGUUGGUGUUGGAGCCAACGUCGGUGUUGAAAAGAACCUUGAAGUCAGCAAAGGAAAGAGAUUCUUUAAAGAGCCAAACCCAGCUGACUUGAGCACUACUCUCGUUACUGUUACUGCUGAAGAGACUGCCGUUGUCACCAUUACUUCAUGCUCCAACGACGCUUGUCAAACCAGUACUGCUACUACCGGUGUCACCGUUGUCACCAUCACUGACUCUGAAAUCGAAACCGUUGUCACUACUUACUGCCCAUUGACCACCACUCACACCUUGGGUGUCGACACCACCGCCGCUGAAACUCAAACCUCAGUCGUCACCGUCACCGCUGACAGCACUGCUUACGUUACUGUUACCUCAUGUAAGGACAAUGCUUGUCAAACCACCACUGCUCCAACCGGUGUCACCACUGUUACUGUCACUGAUUCAGAAGUUGAAACUGUUCUCACCACUUACUGCCCAUUGACCACUACCCAAACCGUUAGCCAGGAAACCACAAAGACCCAGACUUAUGACUUGGGAUGCCCUACUGGUGAAUACGGUUACAACGGUUACAAAGGUAUCAACAUUGGCUUGGGAGUUGGUCUCGGUUUGGGAAUCAACUUGAACAAGAACUUGGGUCUUGGUAUCCAAAAGAGUCUUGGUCUUGAUGUUGGAGCUAAUGUCGGCGCCAGCGUUGGACUUGAAAAGAACCUCGGUCUUGGUCUCGAGAAGAACAUUAGUGCUAACGUCGGUGCUGAUGUCAACGCUUCAUUGGAAAAGAACCUCGCCCUCCAGAAGAGUCUUGGACUUGGUAUUGGUGCUAAUGUUGGAGCUAACGUCGGCGCCAGCGUUGGACUUGAAAAGAACCUCGGUCUUGGUCUCGAGAAGAACAUUAGUGCUAACGUCGGUGCUGAUGUCAACGCUUCAUUGGAAAAGAACCUCGCCCUCCAGAAGAGUCUUGGACUUGGUAUUGGUGCUAAUGUUGGAGCUAACGUCGGCGCCAGCGUUGGACUUGAAAAGAACCUCGGUCUUGGUCUCGAGAAGAACAUUAGUGCUAACGUCGGUGCUGAUGUCAACGCUUCAUUGGAAAAGAACCUCGCCCUCCAGAAGAGUCUUGGUCUUGGUGUUGGUGCUAACGUCGGUGCUGAUGUCAACGCUUCAUUGGAAAAGAACCUCGCCCUCCAGAAGAGUCUUGGUCUUGGUGUUGGUGCUAACGUCGGUGCUGAUGUCAACGCUUCAUUGGAAAAGAACCUCGCCCUCCAGAAGAGUCUUGGAGUUGGAGCUAAUGUCGGAGCCAACGUCGGACUUGACAAGAGCAUUGGUGUCGACAAGAGCGCCAGUGCAGGUAUCCAAAAGAACAUUGGUGUUGGCGUUGGAGCUAAUGUUGGCGCUAACGUCGGUGCUAACGUCGGACUUGACAAGAGCAUUGGUGUCGACAAGAGCGCCAGUGCAGGUAUCCAAAAGAACAUUGGUGUUGGCGUUGGAGCUAAUGUUGGCGCUAAUGUCGGAGCCAACGUCGGACUUGACAAGAGCAUUGGAGUUGACAAGAGUGCCGGUGCAAGUAUCCAAAAGAACAUUGGUGUUGGCGUUGGAGCUAAUGUUGGCGCUAACGUUGAUGCAUCUGUGCAAAAGAACGUUGGUGUGAGCAAAGGAUGA